AUGCGGCGCCAGGGCCUCGAUCCGCACGAGCUGGACCGGAGCACCGAGCAGCUCAUGUCGCUCAUCCACGAGAACCUCCCGGACCCACCCGUCUCCACCACCGCUCGCUUCGUCGCUCUCCGCGCCCUCUCCUCCGACGGCGUGGACCGCUUCAGCGGCCUCUCCGAUGCGCUCCUCCGCAACAUCGUCUCCCGCCUCCCCGUCAAGGACGCCGCCCGCACCGCCGUGCUCGCCGCGCGCUGGAGCGGGGUCUGGCGCUCGACGCCGCUCGUCCUGAUCGACACCCAGCUGAUCUCCAACGGCCGCACCCCGGCGCGCGCCAGCACGCCGGACGUUACCGCGGCCGUCUCCCGCAUACUCGCCACGCACCCAGGGCCCUUCCGCUGCGUCCAUCUCACCUGCAACCGCAUGGGUGCGUACCAGGGCCAGCUCAGGCGCUGGAUCCGUCUCCUCGCCGCCAGAGGCGUCCAGGAUCUCGUCCUCGUCAACCGCCCGUGGCUCCGCGAGGUGCCCCUCCCCAAGACGCUCUUCACCAUCUCCACCCUCACCCGCCUCUACAUCGGCGUCUGGAAGUUCCCGGAUGCGGGUGGCCUCCAAGGUGCCUCCUUCCCCCACCUCCGGGAGCUCGGCAUCUGCAGCGUCGCCGUGGAGGACGGGGACAUUGACGCCUUCGUCGCCAGGAGCCCCGCCCUGGAGAUCCUCAACAUCCAAGGGAGGAUGAAGGGGGUGCGUCUCCGCCUCGUCAGCCACAGCCUCCGGUGCGUGCAGAUCUGCUCUUUCGUCAUGGAGAGCAUCGAGGUGGUGAACGCCCCGUGUCUCGACCGCCUCAUCCUGUCGGAGUGUCUCGGCCCCGCCGGCGGAUCGUGUACCAGAGUCAGGAUUGGCAACGCCCCCAAGCUGAGAAUAUUCGGGUGCCUGGAUCCAGGAAAAUACGUGCUAGAGAUCCGAGACACUGUCAUCACGGCUGGGAUUAAGAUAAGUCCAAGCAUGAUGAUCACAACCGUGAAGGUCCUUAGUUUGAGGGUGCGGUUUGGAGUCUACGAUGAUGUCAAGAUGGUGCCCGCCUUCCUCAGAUUCUUUCCCAAUGUUGAGGCGCUGCAUAUGACGUCUGAAAAAUGUGAUCACCUCGCUGGCACGUUCGACCUCAAGUUCUGGGAAGAGGUCGGUCCCAUCGUGAGUGUGCUCUUGCGCCUCAAGGUGAUCACGUUUCGUGAGUACCAUGCGAGGCAAGAUGAGAUUGCCUUCCUCCAGUACAUCUUCCAGAAUGCAAGGGUGCUCAAAGAUGUAAUGAUUCAGAUGAUCAAUCCAAGAUUCACUUCACUGUCAGCAGAUGAGAUGACCAACACCAUAAACAAUAUGCCUAAUGAGAAAUGGGUCAGUGAAUUUGAUCUUGCUAUCUGUCGGAGCAUUGGUCCAGAAGGAUUGAGUCCUUGGACUUUUGAGCGAGGAGCAAACCUUUGCGACGAUGACCCUAUUGCGCCGGUUAAAUUCAUCACACUACGGGUUAGUGUUGUUUUGCAGUAUGUGCAAUUCUACAUAUGA